UAACACGUUCUAGCACUACCUUUACUAUACCUAAACCCUCCAAAUACUCAAGAAAGAGACUUUCACAAGUUUCAGAUAUGAUUGAGCCAUUGAGGGCUGUAAGAGAUGGAUAUUUGCUUACUUUAAUUAUAGGAACACCAGGACAAGUCAUUCAAGUUUACAUGGAUACUGGGAGUGACCUGACUUGGGUUCCUUGCGGUAAUCUAUCCUUUGAUUGCCUGGAUUGUGAUGACUAUAGGAACAAUAAGUUAAUAGGUACUUUCUCCCCUUCAAGUUCUUCUUCCUCUUUUAGGGACACCUGUGGUAGCCCUUUUUGUAUUGACAUCCAUAGCUCUGAUAACUCUUUUGAUACAUGUAUUGAGGCUGGAUGUUCAUUAAGCACCCUUCUCAAAGCCACCUGCUCUAGGCCUUGUCCUUCCUUUGCCUAUUCCUAUGGUGAAGGAGGGCUAGUCGCGGGAACCCUAACCAGGGAUAACCUUAGGGUUCAUGGUAGUCGCCCUUAUAUCACUAAGGACGUUCCCAGGUUUUCCUUUGGUUGUGUGGGCUCUACUUAUAGAGAGCCUAUUGGCAUUGCAGGGUUUGGUAGGGGUGUACUUUCCCUACCUUCACAGUUAGGGUUCCUCCAGAAAGGCUUUUCUCAUUGCUUCUUAGCCUUCAAGUAUGCCAACAAUCAAAAUAUUUCAAGCCCAUUAUUCAUGGGAGAUACUGCUACAUCUUCCAGUGACAAUAUGCAGUUCACCCAGAUGUUGAAGAGUCCCAUGUUCCCAAACUACUACUACAUUGGUUUAGAGGCCAUAACUGUAGGCAAUGUUAAGUCUGCUGAAGUUCCUUUAAACUUGAGAGAGUUUGAUUCACAAGGUAAUGGGGGAAUGUUGAUUGAUUCAGGAACCACUUACACUCACCUCCCCGAGCCAUUCUAUUCUCAACUUCUCUCAAUGCUCCAACCAAUGAUAGCAUAUCCUCGAGCCACCGAUGUAGAGAGGCGAACCGGAUUUGAUCUCUGUUAUGAAGUUCCAUGUCCAAAUAACCGAUUCACAAAUGAUCCUUUCCCUUCAAUCACUUUCCAUUUCAUGAACAAUGUCAGUCUCGUUUUGCCCCAAGCUAAUUACUUCUAUGCCAUGAGUGCUCCAACUAACUCAACUGGGGUCAAAUGCCUAUUGUUUCAAAGCAUGGAUGAUAGUAGCUACGGACCAGCGGGUGUAUUCGGGAACUUCCAACAGCAAGAUGUGAAAGUCGUUUAUGAUUUGGAGAAAGAGAGAAUUGGAUUUCAACCAAUGGACUGUGCAGCAGCUGCAAUCUCUCAGGGACUACAUAAGAAAUAACUUCAAUGCUAGUUCUUGCUGUUUCGGCCAAUGCUACACCUCUUGGACCACAAAAUAAUGAACCAUGACAGUUUCUAAAUUUGAAUUAUGUACUUUUCUUUUUCUAAUGAAGUUAGUUUGUACUCGUUAAGUUAAUGUGCAAACUAGAUUUUGGUGCUUUAAGGUUUUGGAUUUUAAUUUAUUAAGAAGAACGUGCUGGUUCUAUUCUCAUUGCUUAGCUACAACGAUAGAAAUAUGGUGAACCAACCUUAUUACAACUAUAUUAUAAGUAACGGCCCAAAAAGCAUAAAAUUUGGCAUCACUAGGGUUUCUUUGCCUAGUAAGUUUCUAUGCUUCUGACGAUA